GCCUUAGCUCUCAGACAGAGCGGUACUAACGAGCUGUACAGCUAGUAGAAGAAACCUUGAAACAGUGACCUAGUCUUGGGAGCGAGGCAACCACCAGGUUUUUUUUUUUUUCUGGACCUUUUUUUUAUACAGUUCUUGUAAAUUAACUAAAAGAACAUGGACGAGCUCGCAGAAAGUUACAUCGAGAGCUUCGAUCUUUUCAUGGAAGGUCACGAUUUGCACCAGUUGCACAAUACCAUUGUUAAAACUGAGCUGGGUCUCUGCACUGGUGCGGCAACCCCUCAGCAGCAGCAGACUUGUUCUGGUGCUGGGGUCACGGGUCAGGUCAACGGCCAACUACACGUCCCCCACAGCCCGACAUUGUCAGCUGUUACUGGCAGCAACUUCAGCAGCACCCAGAGUACCCCUAUUAACUCCAUCCCACCGUCCCCUAGCACUCCUCACCCUUCAUCUCAGACCUCGCUUCCUUCCCCCACCCGAUCGUUAUCCAGUUUUGGCAGCACCUUUGGAGACAGAGGCUAUUUCGAGGACUGGUUUUUAAAGUUAGGUUCUCAGUGUUCAGAAACUGGCAAACUAGACGGUAAGACAAACACUUUAGAUGAACUGUUAAAAUCAUUAGAGCCAGCUAAUCACCACAACCCUGUUUCGCCUUCAGUCAAAUCAGAAAGUCAAGAUUUAUCAGGGCGUGGCAAUAAUGAGUUUGACUUAGACUAUGAUGAGGAUAAUGAAUUGGAUGUGGAGGAUGAUUCUCAAAGUGUUGCCAGCAGCUCAGCUACAUCUUUCAAGCAAUCUCGAAGAAGUUCUGCCCACUCCCCUAGUUCUCCAUUGUCCCCUGAGAGUUCUCUAAUUGAUGAUGAUGAUUUGGUCUCGUUACCAGUUAGAGAGUUGAACAGGCGAUUACAAGGUUGCCCCAAAAGUGAAGUUCAGCGUCUUAAGCAGAAAAGACGGACUCUAAAAAAUAGAGGCUAUGCUCAGAACUGUCGUUCAAAACGAAUGCAGCAAAAGAGUGAGCUUGAAACGACUAACAAGUCUCUUUUGCAGCAGAUAGCAGAUCUGAAGCGCCAGCUGAGUGCUUCAGUAAGAGAGCGAGAUUUCUACAAGCAACGCUGUCAUUUGCUUAAGACAGAGCUUGUCAGGGCGUCUCGUGUUGCAGUUUCACACUUGCAGAAGGAGCCUGGAUUUGCUGAAUUUAUGGCUAGGAUUAAAGAGGAAGAUGGUGCCAGCAAUAGCCAGCAGGUGCUAACUUCUAAGGCAGCCCAGAAUGGCACGGACAAUUUUCUUAUCUAAAACCUAUUAUAAAGAUGUAGAAUAUAGCAUUGUUAAAGAAUAAUUGGUAUCUAUAUAUAAAACUUAUACUUGAAAAAGUAAAGGGACAAAAAAAAAUGUACUUUGUACACAAAAUAUGUCGACGGUUUGUAAUGCAGGCUAUCUGUUGUUAUUCACCUGUGAUCAUUAGGUUAUUAGCAUUUAUUUCAAAAAUAUAUAAACCUAUGAAAAAUAAAAAGCAUUAAAACUCGUUUGAAAAUUCACCAAUUAGAUAAUGCUGCCUGGCAUUUAAUCAACAGUACAAGUGAUAAACUGCCCUUAAAAAAUGCCUUUCAUUUCAUUCGGGAAGAUUGUAAUCUCAGCAACAUGGAAACUUAUAUUUUUCUAUUUUUUGUCAAUUAUCCUGUCACUCAUCAUACGUUGAAAAGAUGUCCCAGCGUCAUUUUCAAUACAUUUACUGAGUUGAUGUAAGCUUUUUAUUUUUUUGUAACCGAUUGACACUUUGUUUCUUUAUCUUCAAGUCAGAGAGGCAGCAAUUUAAUUUGAGAUUUCACACUAACUAGUUUAAAAAAUUUUUUUUUCAAUUCCAACAUUUAAUGGUAGUGCAUGAGAGAGGUUCAUUAAAGAAAACAGUUCUCUUAUAGUUUAGACUCUUUUAGUUCCAUCUAAGAUAUAGAUAUAGGUAUUUUGAUGAAACUGAUAUCUGUACUGUCACAAAAAAUUAAUUUAUUCCGAAAGUUUUUCUUAAGAAUUCUUUCCUUUGAGCAAUUAAAUUACUGUACAGUUUUCAUAACUUAUUCUAUGAAUACUAUUUAAUAAAUUAUAAUGAUCAUUUUACUUAGUAGUCAAUUCUCAUCUUUGUUUGACUAGUACAUCCAACAUUAAAAUGGCAUUACGAGAAGUAUUUAAACAAAAAUGCUUUUGUGUAAACUCUAAAGCUUGUUUUUUUUAAUAUAUUAUAUAUUGUUUCUCUUUUUUUUUAACUGUUUACGCAAUACUAUUGACAGCUUGAAUGGUUAUUAUGUGAACAAUUAUGAUCAUGACCUCCCUAUGUUUAUUUUUUUGUUUUAUCAGACUGUUGCGCUUAAGAAGCACACUAUAAAGUCUUUCGUCAACCAGUAACCCAUUUCAUUUUUUAUGCAUGUAAAUAUCUAAAAUAAACUAAAAAAAAAAUUAACAUUUGUAUUGUCAGCAUGUGAUAAAAAAAAAGUUAUCUUUUUACUUGAGAUAUAUACACAAAUUUGUAAACCCUCGUAUAUAUAUGUUUGACUUUUUGAUUCUUGAGAACUAACUGCAGGUUUGUUAUAUUUUUGAUAACCCCUCUCUUCUCUGCUCUUUGCUUUGAUAAUAUUUUCAGGGUUUUGACUAUGAAGAAAAAAACAACAAAUUGUUGCAAUAUCGAUUCAUUGAUAAAAUUUAAUUUUCAAAUUCUUUUUUUUUUUCAA